AACUUCAUUGCGAAGGUACUUCAUUGACAAAGAUGAAAAGAUAUUUUAGCAGAGUAGAACUGCUUAGACAUUCAAGGCUGCCGAUUUUUGGGACCUAAAAUACUGGUUGAAGUUAUUUUGAUCGUCGACAUGCCAGUGGAGGGAACAAACCCUCUCAUAAACGCCCGAGAUAGGUUAUUCCGCGCCCUGUUUUUCAAAAUGGCGCUCAUGUAUGCCCGUUCUUUUCCUCCGCCUGUUCGACUGCUUUUGGAGAUGGGAGUGCUCAUGAAGGCAAUCACUUGUUUUGUGAUCCUUGGUUACAUACAUAAUGCUUUUUCAAGAACUCCUAUAAACUGUUUGGACCAUGUUAAGGACAAGUGGCCAAGAGAUGGAGUACUCAGAGUCGUCAUAUCAAGAAGUACUGCAGCUGUUAGCAGAUUAUCUGAAAAUGAUACAACAAGAACAAACUUUACUAGUUCCAACAUUACUGACAGUAUCCAUGUAAAUAUUAGUCACUUAGGAGUCAAUGUUAAGUCAAAUGAUAAUUCAUCUUCUGUGGGGAAUGUGUAUGGUCAUUCAUCUGAUAGUGCACCACAAAAGAAUCAUCUUCCUGUAAGAGAUACGGUGGUACCAAGUGCUUUUGAACUGUUAGCACCAAUCAAAGUUGAAGGUGAGAAGAAAGAAGAAUAUGCUGUAGAAUAUGCUUUGGAGUAUGGAUUUCUAAGGCUGUCUUCAGAAUCCAGGAAGAAGCUUGGUAUUCCUGUCCUGCUUGUUGAACUUGACCCAGCUGUGGAAGAAUGUUUUGGGGACAGUUUGAGUCGUUUCUUGUUGGAUGAAUUCCUUGGUUAUGAUGAUGUAUUAAUGUCAAGUGUCAAGAGACUGGCAGAGUAUGAGGACAACAAAGGUUAUUUACGUAACGUUGUGACUGGAGACCACUUUCGGUUUGUCAGCAUGUGGAUGGCACGCACGUCAUACUUGGUUGCUCUUGUCCUCAUGUUCAUAUUUACAAUUUCGAUUUCAAUGCUGUUGAGGUAUUGUCAUCAUCAAAUCUUUGUCUUCAUAGUGAACUUGCUUCAGAUGCUGGAUCUGAAUGUGACAAUUGCAUUUCCUGCAGCUCCCCUCUUCACAGUUAUCCUCUCCCUUGUAGGAAUGGAAGCUAUUAUGUCCGAGUUUUUCAAUGACACCACAACAAGUUUUUACAUUAUCCUUAUAGUAUGGACAGCAGAUCAGUAUGAUGCUAUUUGCUGUCAUACGCAGCAGAGUAAAAAGUUUUGGCUCAGAUUCUUCUACUUAUAUCACUUUGCAUUUUAUGCAUACCAUUACCGUUUCAAUGGGCAGUACAGUGGGCUUGCACUUGUUACUUCUUGGCUUUUCAUUCAGCAUUCCAUGUUAUUUUUCUUCCAUCACUAUGAGUUACCAGUGAUCCUGAGUCACCAGGCUGAUCCUGAAGAAGACCUGCUAGCGGAUCCUAUUGCUGCACUUACUGAUGAAGUUAAUGUGCCAGCAGCAGAUGAACUUCCCAACCACCCUCCCCCUGGUAACUUGCCACUACCCAAUGUUCCAUUUAAUGAUGAUGACGAUGAGCAUAUAGUUUACAGUAGUAGUACCAGAGAAACAGUACACUUACCAACUGAAGAAGAUGGAAGAGGUCAAGUUGAUUCUUCCUUAACAAGAAGACGGUGGACACGAUCUAGUGAUGCUGCAACUGAUGAUUUAACAGAAGGACACAGUUUUCAUCUUCCUGGUGACAUUAACACAGCAGAUGAAUUUGAGGGUUUUUCUAGCUACCAUACAUGGCCACAGCAACACCAAGCCCAAGACCUGGCCCCAGCACAGAGUAGAGAAGCUGGUGCCAGGCCAGCAACUAGUGACUCAUCAUUUUUCGUGCUGAUGAAUUGCAUCAUUUUGCCUUGUUUUCAGACAAUUUCGAUUUCAAUGCUGUUGAGGUAUUGUCAUCAUCAAAUCUUUGUCUUCAUAGUGAACUUGCUUCAGAUGCUGGAUCUGAAUGUGACAAUUGCAUUUCCUGCAGCUCCCCUCUUCACAGUUAUCCUCUCCCUUGUAGGAAUGGAAGCUAUUAUGUCCGAGUUUUUCAAUGACACCACAACAAGUUUUUACAUUAUCCUUAUAGUAUGGACAGCAGAUCAGUAUGAUGCUAUUUGCUGUCAUACGCAGCAGAGUAAAAAGUUUUGGCUCAGAUUCUUCUACUUAUAUCACUUUGCAUUUUAUGCAUACCAUUACCGUUUCAAUGGGCAGUACAGUGGGCUUGCACUUGUUACUUCUUGGCUUUUCAUUCAGCAUUCCAUGUUAUUUUUCUUCCAUCACUAUGAGUUACCGGUGAUCCUGAGUCACCAGGCUGAUCCUGAAGAAGACCUGCUAGCGGAUCCUAUUGCUGCACUUACUGAUGAAGUUAAUGUGCCAGCAGCAGAUGAACUUCCCAACCACCCUCCCCCUGGUAACUUGCCACUACCCAAUGUUCCAUUUAAUGAUGAUGACGAUGAGCAUAUAGUUUACAGUAGUAGUACCAGAGAAACAGUACACUUACCAACUGAAGAAGAUGGAAGAGGUCAAGUUGAUUCUUCCUUAACAAGAAGACGGUGGACACGAUCUAGUGAUGCUGCAACUGAUGAUUUAACAGAAGGACACAGUUUUCAUCUUCCUGGUGACAUUAACACAGCAGAUGAAUUUGAGGGUUUUUCUAGCUACCAUACAUGGCCACAGCAACACCAAGCCCAAGACCUGGCCCCAGCACAGAGUAGAGAAGCUGGUGCCAGGCCAGCAACUAGUGACUCAUCAUAAAGAUCUAAACAGGUGAUACAGUCCUGCUGAGGAUAUGCAGAGGGAGCAGGCAAUGCAAGUCCAGUUGUAAAGAUUAAUGACAACCCUAAUUCUGUGGAAUCUGGGAUCAGACCUGAAGAAUUUUGCAAUGUAAUAGGGCCAUAAUAUCCUCUUAUCUAAUUCCUAGAUCUGUUUACAUUUUGGGAUAACUUCUGAUCAGCUUAUAUUAUGGCUCCCCUUACAAUUAUGAAUAGUGGUGUCUCAUGGAUUAGAAAAUUAUUUCAUUUCCCUAAAGUGGCAUUGAGUGAACUAACCAACACAGCUACAAUGCAGAAGCACAUUUUUCCACUGAUGUCUGGCAUGUUGCAGUUACAUCAGGGCUACACUGUUUAGUAGUCUGGAUGAGGUUAUCACUAACAGAAUGUAGGAUUGUAGCCCUGCUGUAACAGGUUUUCAGCAACCUCUUAAAAUUGUCAGAAACGCUGUCUUGCAAUUGAGGAUUGAUGUUUUACCUAGGGAAAGGAAGAAACUGCAUUUCUUGUGUAAAGAAAUAUUAAUAGCCAUUGAAAUACUAGUGAUAUUUUAGAAGGUAUCCCAAUGGAAGCCACUUUUGGGAGAAAAUUGCCAUAUUAUGGGUGUUUGGUUGUUUACCAUAAACCAUAGUCUCUAGAAAAUUGACCAAAGAUGCUGCAGAAAUCUGACAGCAUUGCAUCUUGGCUAAGGCAUGCUUCUUACACUGGUUAAUACUCAGCUCAUGUCUGGCAAUGCUUUACUUGCGUGUUAGUGAUUCACAUUCUGUGUUUGCUGCUAGCAUCAGUCGUGUGUGUGUGUUAUAGAAGAGAUUUUAUGUUCGGUUUGGAAAUUGGAUUAGACAUUCACUGUAAAGACAAUCAUUUCAACUAACGACACACUCUUAUAGUAAAACAUUGUCCGUUCCAUCAUACAUCAACUGGAUUUUAUUCUAUAAAGAACAGUGAAGAACAUACAUGUAAAAAGGCAUUACUUGGUUUGCAGUUGAUAACAAUGUUAUGUUUGUAAUUAACAGUACAGGACUGGUUAUGAGAACAAAAGUAUGCUUUUUGUGUAAGAUACUAGGUGCUGCUAGUCAAAGCUAAAUUGUACAGGAAAAGGUUGAUUAGCAGUAACUACAUUAUGAAAAGUAGGGCUUGACAUUUGAAGACAGACAAAGAUAAGCAAUACAUAAGCAAUACCUAAGCAAUACCUAUAAAUAUCCAAUAGAUUGUAUAAUUCUUUAUGAAGAGAGUGUCUUUUGAGUACAACGACAAGGAACUAAAUGACUAAGGUCCCAAAACUAGUGUUCUUUACAAGAACAGGAUUUUGAAAGAAAAACUGAAUGACAGUGAACAUAAAAUUACCCUGUUAUCCAGACAAUUAAUCCUUUCAGUUCAAAAGGUAUUUGUUUGCUGUAAAUAGUUUUAUGCUAGUACAUACUGGUAAAUUAUAUUUCAUUUUGUUUCAGUACCAAAAGACUUUUAGCUUUCUUUGUCUCUCUACCUUCCAAACAUUUGGCGUCUGAGGUUUAGACAGUUGAUUAGCUUCUUUACUCUAGUUAGCCUCCAGUUAAGGUAACGGUUGGUUUUCAUUCAUAGGUAAGGUAACACUAUUUUAAUUUACUGUCGUAAGACUUGAACAGAACAGGGUGCUUUCCUUUGAUCCAAGAUUCCUGUCCUUUUCCAGAGUGGAUUCAUUGGUUUCUCUGAUGUACUAUGAUCCAAGCAUCUUUUAUUAUUUGACCUGGAUCAUCACAGCAUAAUUGUUUUUACUUGUUAUUUACUAACGACUCUAAAGCUACUUGCAUAACAUUACCAGUAUGUAACAAAGGAAAUGCACCCUUAAUAACUUCCAAAUCUUCUGGGGUAUUUUUUGGGAGGAAAAAGGUUGCUAACUACGUUGUUUUAUCAAGCACUCUUCCCUGAAGAGAGUCUGUAGGAUGGUUUUGUGGUAAUAAAUUAUUUAAUUAUUCUGGUUUGGAA